AUUUGCCUAUUUCUCCACAGCAAGUGCGCCAUGCUAAAAUAAGGAAAAAAUAAUGUUUUUUUUAAAAAAAAUAUUUAGCAAUUAUACAAUAUUAAUCAAUCAACCCAAACGAACACCAAAGUCAACCUUCAUGCCUAAAUCUUCACUUCUCUUCCCUCCAAAACUCUUCGAUAGCCUUUCCAGAAAUGUCUGCCGCCGCCAUUUCCUCCAUGCUUCUCACGCUCCGCCUCAACCCAGCAGCAGCGCCACCACAACCGCCGCCAUCCUCCAACAAACCCUCUCCCACUUGCCCGCUUCCACCACCAGCGGACCCUUCGUCGCCGCCGCCACACUCCAAGAACUCGUUGACGUCUCCCUCUCCUCCCAUGGGUUCCAUCUCCUCCCCCUCGCCUUCCCCCAAAUCCGGCACCUCAUCGACACUGACACCUGUAAUUGCCUCAUCAAAUCCUACAUCCGAUCCAACGACCACCGCCGCUCUGUUCUUCUCUUCGUCGCCAUGCUCAAAGCUUCCGUCUUCCCCGACCUCUUCACGUUCCCUCCUCUGAUCAAGUCCGCCGUGCAGUUACACCUCCUAGGAUUUGGCCUCUCCAUCCAUGGAUGUGUUGCUAAGAUUGGCUGUGACUCAGACGUCUUUGUCAACACUGCUCUUGUGUCGAUGUACUGCUCAUUUGGCCAUGUCCGUGAUGCAGAACGAAUGUUCGACGAAAUGCCCCACAGAAACUCAGUUACUUGGAAUGCGAUGAUUACUGGAUAUGUCAAUAAUAGGCGGUUCAGAGAAGCACACGAGCUGUUUUCCAGGAUGAUUAGGUCUGGGUCUGAGCUCGGUGAGGUGACAAUGGUGUGUGCCUUGACUGCUUGUUCCCAUCUUGGAGCUUUGAGACAGGGCAUCUGGAUUCACAAUUACAUCAAAAACCACAGGUUGACAGUUAAUGUGUUUGUGGGGACUGCGCUAAUUGACAUGUUCAUGAAGUGCGGGGUGGUUGAUGAAGCAGUGAAGGUUUUCCGGGCAAUGAGAGUGAGAAAUGAUUUCACUUGGAACGCUUUGAUGUCAGGAUACGCCAUGAAUGGUGGAGGAGAAGCCGCUCUGGGGGUCUUUAAUGAAAUGAUUGCCAAGAACAUCAAACCUAAUGGAAUUACUUUCUUAGCUGUUUUAUGUGCAUGUUGCCAUCAUGGAUUUGUCGACCAUGGAAGAAAGUUCUUCAUCAGCAUGGAGAAGGAUUUUGGAUUGCAGCCUAGGAUUAAGCAUUACGGUUGCAUGGUUGAUCUUCUUGGGAGAGCUGGUUUAUUGAAGGAAGCUUAUGGUCUCAUUCAAACUAUGCCAAUGAAGCCAGAUGCUGCAAUUUGGAGGGCACUAGCUACUGCUUGUAAGAUCCAUGGAGACUUGGAGCUGGGUGGGCUUGCAAUAAGAAAAUUACUCGAGUUGGAGCCUUGUAGUGGAGAGAACUAUGUCUUGCUGGUGAAUCUUUUAGCUCGUGAUCAAAGGUGGACUGCUAUAGGAAAAGUGAGACAGAUGAUGAGGCAAAGAGGGAUUAAGAAGGAUCCUGGAUGUAGUUCAAUCGAGAUUGAUGGUGUUGUGCAUGAAUUUCUAGUUACUGAUGGGUUUCAAAGGGAUGAGUUGGGUGAUAUCUUUGCAAUGCUGGUUAAGAUGACGAGGGAAUUGAAGUUGGCUGGUUAUCGCGUGGACACGGAUAUGGUUUCUUAUGAUUAGGAGGAGGAAGGGAGGGAGAUGUCUGUGAUGCAUCACAGUGAGAAGCUUGCGCUUGCAUUUGGACUGGUAAGAACUCGACAUGGAUCGGAUUUAAGGAUAGUGAAGAACUUGAGAAUGUGUGUGGACUGUCAUACCUUUUUUAAGUUUGUUUCAAAGGUCUUCUAGAGGAAUAACAGUGCAGGAAAAUGAGAUUGGAAAAGAUGCCUCUAUAUAGGAAACCGAACUGACCUUACUGAUGGCUGGAGAGGCUUUGCUAUGGAUCACAGUUUGGAAGAUGGGGAUGCCGGCAUUUGAAUUGAGGAAACCUGCUAGAUUUAAGAUUUACAUUGUAAAAGCCAUUGGGAGCGAAGGAAAAGAUUGCUGGAGAUGUUGAUGGAGCAGAAUCACCAGAAGAAUCUCUAGAAGAAAACCAGCAAAGACUCAUAUGGCUGAAUGUUCAUAUAUAGAACAACUUUGGCUCUUCAGAUGUUGCUGCUCGACAAUUGGGGUACGUAAUCAAGCUGCUUCAGUGUAAUUUGUAGUUCUUGAUUGUCAGUAAGAUUGCUUUUUUGAGGAUUAGUAAGGGCAUUAGAGCAACUGUUGCAUCUGCUAAUGUAGUUAAACAUUAUGACCACCUGCAAACUAUCCUUAUAAGAUGUGGAUUGUCUAUACCUUA